AUAGUAAAAAUUUAACUCUGAUCCCUGAAGCCAAAUGCCCACUGCUGGAGCAGCAGGCAGGAGACAGAGAGACACAAGCCUGUGAUGACAAGGACACAUCACACUCUGGACAGCCAGCCCUCAGCCAGAGAUGACCGGUUUCCUAUCAAACCUGGUACAGUACAAGGGGCUCUUUCGAAUGAUCACUGUCCUGGGGAUUGGUGGCACAUUCCAGAUCGGCUUUCAAAUUUCUACCAUCACCUACAUGUCUCAGCAUGUUAAGGCUUUCAUUAAUGAAACUUGGCUGGAGCGCUAUGGCUAUCCCAUCCAACAGGAUAACCUCUUGUUCCUGUGGUCCAUCACUGUGUCCAUCUUUGGCAUAGGAGGUCUCUUGGGUUCUUCAGGAAGCAGAUACCUCACUGUCAAAUUUGGCAAAAAGAAAUGUCUCUUGUGCAACAAUGUGCUCAUGAUAGUGGCAGCAUCUAUCAUGGGCUGCAGUAAAAUAUCCCAGUCCUUUGAGAUGGUUCUAAUUGGACGCUUCAUGUGUGGAGUAAGUGCAGGUCUUUGUGUUCCUCUGCACCACCAAUAUGUUGGAGAAAUUUCCCCCAGGAAGCUCCGUGGAUUUGCAAACUCUACUUCCUCUUUCUUUUGGUCACUGGGAAAAGCCAUAGGGCAAAUUUCAGGACAAAGGGAGCUGCUGGGCAGCCAGUCACUGUGGCCAAUGCUGAUGGCCUCCUGUGGACUCCCAGCACUGGUCCAGCUGGUCACGCUUCCCUUCUUCCCAGAGUCCCCACCCUAUCUCCUCAUGCAUAAAGGAGACCGGGAAGGCUUUGAAAAAGCCAUAAGGCAGCUUUGGGGUGAAGGCCAACACCAAGCAGAGAUUGAUGACAUCAUGAAAGAGAAGGCAACAAUGAAAAACACCAAGAUCUUGAGUGUCCUGGAACUAGUGAAAGAACCAGCUUUCCGUUGGCAGCUGUACAUGAUAGUUAUUCUGACCGCCACAAUUCAGCUCUGUGGCAUCAAUGCAAUUUAUUUUUAUACUUUUGAAGUCCUCCAGGCAGCUGGCUUUGAUGAGAAAAUGGCCUCCUAUAUGACCCUGUCUAUUGGACUCUCUGAACUCGUAGCUGCUGUAGUCUGUAGCUCCAUCAUUGAGCGACUGGGCAGGAAAGUGCUCAUAAGAGGAGGCUACUGGAUCAUGGGUUCCCUGCUAGCUGCUAUCACUGUGACUCUGUCCCUACAGGACUGGUACUUCUGGAUGCCAUACUGCAGCCUUGCUCUCAUUAUCCUGUUUACAGUUGUCUUUGCUGUUGGGCCAGGUGGUGCCACGGUUUCCACCAGGGUUGAAAUUUUCAAGCUGUCCUGCAGACCUCCUGCCUUGGUGAUCAGUGCUGUUAUGAACUGGCUGGGGGUGUUUGUGAUUGGCACCUCCUUCCCGUUCAUCGUGGAAAGACUCAAGCACUUCUGCUUUCUCAUUUUUAUGGUGGUACUUUUCACUUCAGGGAUAAUUAUCCACCUGUUCCUUCCAGAAACAAAAGGGAAAUCAAUCAUGGAAAUCACAGAAGAAUUCAAUAAGCUAAACUUUAAAAACAAGCAUAUUCCAGCAACUCCAAAUCAUGUCACGGAGGAUUAUACCUUCUGCACCAGGCUUUGACCAGUGUAAGGGGGAAUCAGGUUUUUGUAAAAACAUAGGUAAAAAAAGACAUUUGCCAUUUUCUGACUAACAAGUUGCUCCAAAUGGACUGUCAGCUUUCCUGUCUGUCACUUACAAGUUUCCUAUUUUGCCAAACCAGCUUCUUUCUCAAGCACUCCACUCUGGGCAGCUCUGAAAAGAGAUGAGGGCUGAUAUUAACAGGACACACUUGUGUGAAUCAGGAGCAUUUUGGCUUAACAUGCUGAGUGUAAAUCUCUUCUUAACAGAGCAACUAAUACACACUGAAACUACACAUGUAGAAUUUAUAAACACUCUGCUGACCACAGAGAAAGGAAAGACCUGUGAUCCUCUCUCUCUCUGAUUUCUGAGUAUGUUUUUACAGUGCUGAAAUGGGAACAGUGAAGUUCUUGGCUUGCUCUCUCUGGCUAGCGUUCAAUCCAUAACAGAUUAAAGAAAAAAUUCAGUGGAAUAGGAGAUAAAUUCUUUGUUUCUCUAGAUUCAACUGAAUAACCAAACCUUGCCAGGUUCCCAUGCACAGUGCCAUGUUGUCCUUGUGUAGUGUCUAGCUUGACAGACUUUAACCAUUUCAGAUUGCCUUUCAGCAGCAACAGAGCUAAAAGGACUGAUGGAUAGAAUCCAGCCACCAUAAACCCCAAGGCAUUUUAGAUACUCUGUGCUAUCCUGCCCAUCACUGCUGUCAUCCCAAGCCUGCAGAUCCUCCUCCAGGAGCAGAAUUCCCACAGAUAUCUCAAGGGCUGUGAAUCCCACAGCAACUGAACUGCUACUUUCCUCCUGUGACUUUUAGCUACCUGGAACUUGUUUACCCCAGAAGAACCUCCUCAGACUGGAACUGAUUGAAUCAGAAACUUUUUU